CAAAUUCAAACAUAGUUACAAGAGUUUACCAGCUAUUUGUUCUUUCUUGCCUUCCUGCUUCCUCAUUUGGCAACAUGAACUCUUCCACCAUCUUAUCGUGGUUAUGCGGCGCCCUGCUUGCGAUCCUAGUUUCGUCCCUCGCCCGGGCGGCCACCAUCAGCUGCCCGCCUACUCUCGAACAAGAACAACUGCGUCCGGCUCUGAGACAGCUGUGCUAUGCCCUGGAGCAGAUGGUUGAAGACAUGCCGCAACAGGAGCAGCCGUGCUCUGCUGCUGGAAGAGUCGAACUUAGAGACGUCAGCAAGAAGAGACAACAGGUAGAUCACGUCUUCUUGAGAUUCGGUAGAAGAAUGGGACAAUAGAAGAACCUCACGAAUUCAUAUUUUUCGAAUAUCACUGUAUAAAUAUUGACGAGACUUUCAUAAUGCGAAAUAAAUUGAACAUAAUUAUAGCGCUUGAUUUUUCACCACACUUGGUUUAUGUAGGUGUGCAUUUAAAAUGUUUAUAAAAUUAUUGUUAUUUUA